CCUCGCCCUGCAGCCAUGCCGCCAUGGUAACAGGUGUCGUCAUCAGGCAGGUCAUACGCAGCGGCUGACGGUGACUAACACCAGUCGGUGCGGCGGAUUGGCGAAGUCCAGGCGUCUUCUUACCUGUUCCUGUGGGUUCGGAAGAACGAGGCAAGAUGCAUGAUGAUCGUGAAAGGCAGGCUGCGGUGAAACAGGCCGGCUGGUGCUGUAGUUGGGCUAUAGUUUUCGGGUCUUUUGCGGCAUGUUGCGCGGUGGGACUCAUCGUCUGUGGGGUCGUCAUCACCAAACCGGUCGUGGAGACAAAGUCCCUGGAGUUCCAGGAGACAACUUGUACCACAAACCAAAGUUAUCUUACAGGGAGAAACAUUGGCUGUGGCUGUGGUAAGAACUGCCAGUCCAACUACCCCUGUCUGCGCAUGACUGUGACGUAUGUUGUAAACAACGCCACCAUCGAUGGUGUACUUUUCGACACUGAGCAAAGGCUGAACAACAAUGGAGGCUCCGCCGAGAAUGAACAGUGUGUGACGGCACCGUGCCAGAGAGAUGCGGGGCAAAAUUCUAGAGAUGUCCUGAAUUUCAACGACACCUAUGCUCCUGGGACGUCCUACACAUGCCUGUACCAUCCAGACAGGCCAGGGAAUGUUGUGCUGACUCGGCUCUUCACGUGGGACGCCAUGUUCCACUCCAUGCUGUGGACCAGUAUCUUCACUUUCAUCUUUGCCGUCCUCUUCUUCUACUGCCUCUACAAAUGCAGGGAGGCAAAGAACAAGGUAGCCUCCAUACCGGUCACAAUCCCUCCCCGUGCGCCUGGCGCACAGCCCGGGUACUUCUUACCGCAGCCCCCGGCGUAUUCGGAAGGUGGUCAGUCAAUGGGGAUGCAACCCCCGCCCCAAAACAUCUACUCCAAUGAUACAAAGACUGGAUAUUCUAACUACAACUACAACUGAGUCUAACAGCUAGCCCGAUUUUCUCACGACCUUGUGUAAACCAUUUCGUUCCCUGUUAAUACAAGGCAAAGGACCAAGUGGUACAUGGUUUGAACCAAACCUAAAAAACAAAAACAAAUGUAUUUACUUUCUUACUCAGUGUAUAAUCAAGCAAAUCAGACAAAGGAACAGGCACACGAGGUGUAUGUGGGUCCGUACCUGUUAUGAACAUAUAGAAUCUUGAUAUUGUUUCAUCUUCUUAGCGUUCUAGUGCAGGAUACUUUCUUUAAGCUCAGCAUAGUGCACAUAGUGGAGAUGUAUAUUAUAUAUUAUAUACUUUUUUCAGCUUUAGAACUGUGGAACAGAUCACAUAUAGAGAAACUGUUGUAAACAGAGACAAUUUUAAAUGAAGUCGACAAUGCCUGGGUUAGAACACUGCCAAUGUCCUGUAUGUUCUCUGUGGAAUGCUGCUAAUGUUGUGUGAAGAAUGGUACAGGAACAAUGAUUCAUAUCACCAUAUAGCAUCUCAUGUACGUACUAUAUUAUGGUUACACUGUAAGUUAGAAUUAUAUGUAUUUGUAGAUCUUUUCAUACUGUAUAUUUGUGUACGUGCGUUGUGUUUUUCACUCUUUUACCUUUGUAAACUUUAUUUGUAUGGCGUGCCAUGGAAAUAAAAACAUACACGAUG